AUGAUGCAUCUGCCAUGGCUUUUCAAAUACGCCGCGAUUUCGAACUUUGAUGUGUCAGAAGAUUCCGACAAAGAGGAUCAUGUUGGCUUUGUAAGAGAAAGCUCAGAUUCCAGACCUCAUCGGAGAUUGAGAAGCACCAGAACUCUGAUGAUUCUUGGGACAACUUUCAACAUCAUCAUUUUCUCACUAUCGCUUCUACUGUUCUUCUCGAGUCGAGACACAGGCAGAAAUUUCAUUCUCAAGAAGUCAUCAUUCUACUCUCCAAUCCUGGACAAAUUCAACCUACCAACAUUCGUACAGCAAAUUAAUGGCACGCUGCUCUUGCCAAAGGAACCUUCAAUAGCCCGACAGGAUCCGAAUCCAGAAGCAGACGCGAUUUGGGAAGAUUUAGAAUUGAUCCGCACGAUUGUCAUUACUGGAGAUGAGGUGAAGAAGCUGGGCAAAGACCCCGCAACAGCAGCGAGAUUCGACAAUGAGUACUGGGGAUUGGGAGAUGAUGCAUAUAUGGCACAGAUUGAUGUCUUCCACCAGCUCCACUGCCUGAAUGAGUUGCGCAAGCUUACCUAUCCCGACUACUACCACUCCUUCCCAAACUCCACAUCGCAAAGCGGCCAUGACCACGCGCACGGCCACCACGCUCGAUCUCGAUACUCGAAGCUCUGGCAGAUCCAUAUUGGACACUGUGUUGAUAUCCUGAUGCAGAAUAUCAUGUGCAACGCCAACACAGAUUUGAUUACUCUCCAGUGGAUGGAGAAACAGGACAAUCCGUUUCCUGACUUCAGUAUAAAUCAUCAGUGCAGAGACUUCAAUGUACUGGCUGAUUGGAGGGAUAAGAAUGCUGUUGAUAUGAAUAAGUGGGAUAAGAUGAAGAAGCCAGUCGGAGUGAAAGAGGUUCCUCUGCCGCAAGAGCACUGGGAGAGCUUUGGUGGGAAGGGCGAUGAUUGA